AUGCUACAUGAGAUUAUUCCGAUGGGAGGCGUGAAUUUAGCUCAGUGGCAUGGGCUUUGCUAUGGCGAAGAGAGUUCCUGGGAUGAUCGUGCAAAAAGCUGCAAGACGCGUUCAUGUCUGGCCUUCAAGAUCCGCCGCUGUGAAGCUGAGAAGCACUGGAUGGUUCUACGUCCACGUGGCCGAAAUGGUGGCUGGACCACGGUCACCAUUGAAGAGUAUGGGCUUUACUGCAUUCCAGCAGCAAUUGAAGCGACACCUUGGAUCCUUGGCAACAUGGCCAACCAGCAGGGCUUGCACCGCUUCUGCGCCAGAGUGGUUUGGCAAUCGCGGCAGUACCAAGACCAAGCCCUUGCUGGGGAGGCACUAGUGCCCAUGGCGACGCCAAGCGAGGACAACGGCACUUCCACAUUCAUCGAGAAGAAGGAGUACAGUGUUUCUCUUGCAAGGUUAUCUUCCUCCGAGAGCCGGGAGAAAGCGCGAGUCGCACCCUGGAUGCAGGCGGAGAAGCGCGCCCAGGAGCGUGAGGCAUUGGCGAAAGCAUGUGAGGAAGCAAGGAAAAAGGACAGUGACCAGAGCCUUGCCGACGUGGCCAACCGCCGGUUUGUGGUGGACCGGGUGCUUCCAAAAGCAGAGCGCCACUGGCAUUGGCAAACAUGCUUCUUCUUGGACCUCACAUCGAUUGGUGACGGACUUGAUGGCACCGCCAAUUUGGCAGACGCAAAUGCUGAUGUCUUUGGGAAUCAGUGGGUCGGUCCCAGCGAAGGUUACCAUCCAGGUGAAUUGGGGGCCGCUGUGUGCGAUGCCCUGAUCGAGCGCCAAAAAAUCAACGGUGCGGAGGUGGAAGAUGUGGUCUUUGGUUGUCUUGGACAGGUUGGGGCGCAAGCUGCCAAUAUAGCCCGCACUGUGGUGCUAUCCUCCCGCCUUCUACCGGAAACUGUCCCUGGCACAUCUGUGGACCGGCAGGCCGGCUCCUCCCAACAGGCUAUUCAUGCUGCAGCUCAAGCAGUGAUGAGUGGCGUCCAUGACUGCUGCAUUGCUGGAGGUGUUGAAGUGAUGUCCACAGUCCCACUUCUUUCUAACAUCCUCGAUGGAAUGAAGGCCGGUCAUGGAUUUCCUAUGACCGAAAUCAUGACUGAGAAGUACAAGGACAAAAUGAAGGCUUUUGAGCAAUUUGGCAUCUCCAGUAAUGCAUUCUCUCAGUUUGGAGGAGCGGAGCUUUUGGCCAAGAAGUACAACCUCAGUCGCGAGGAUGUUGACCGUUUUGCUGCCAUCUCUCAACAAAGAGCAGUGGAGUCCACCAAGGCAGGGAAGUUCAAGGAUGAGAUUGUGCCAUUGCCAGUGAAGCGAGGGGGCAAGGAAGGGCCCUCGGAGGGCAUUCAUUCGGAGGAUGAGGGAAUCCGUCCCAAUGUCACUCUUGAGAGCUUGGGCAAGCUGAAGGCCUUUUUCCCAAAUGGCGUUCUCACUCCGGGAAGCUCAUCGCAAAUCUGCGAUGGAGCUUCAGCCAUGCUGAUUUGCAACGAGCGAGGAUUGCAGAAGCUGGGCCUCAAGCCAAUGGCCAGGAUUCAUUCUUUGGCCCUUGCUGCUACCGACCCUGUGGUGAUGCUGGAAGGGCCUGUCCCCGCAACACGGACAGCCUUGGACAAGGUGAAGAUGAAGAUCGAGGACAUUGACCUCUACGAGAUAAAUGAAGCUUUUGGCUCCGUGCCCUUGGCUUGGCAGAAGGCCUUAGGAGCAGAUAUUGAGAAAAUGAACGCCACUCGGCUUCAGCAGGUAGAAUCUGAGGGGCCGAGAUAG